AUGCAAAUAGAGCUAUUUCUUUAUCGUUGCAAACUAUUUUUCAAAGCACUAAAUGAAGGAAAAACUUCCUUUUUCUUCUCUGAUGUACACAAAUGGUUACAUUCAGCAGGAGAUUACUUCUUUCCGGAAUAUAUUCGAGCCCCACUUCAUCGCUUACAUGGCGAGUAUUCUUGGGACCAGAAAGACACUAAUAAAAUAAUAGAGUUAAUCGUAAAAGCACUUUCCCGUGUAUAUCCUUCCUACUUCACUUCGGAAAUGGUCUCUAUUAAUUACACCAAUAGAACUACUGGAUGGGCAUCCUUUAACUCUUCCCAGAGUCUUAUGAAUAGUUAUGAAGCUAAUUUGCAAAAUAAACUUGUUAAAAAUUUCGAAUGUCUCUUUCCAAAAAAUUGGCUUUUAGGUUUUAAGCUCCUGUAUAAAUAUGACUGGCAUCCAGUUCCGAAUCGUCCAGACAAGGGGAGAAAUGACAUUAUUCUUACGAAUGGAAAGGGAAUCUUCGCAGUUGUCGAGACAAAAGUCAUCAAUUCAUAUAACAGUUAUGAAAAGCUCCGUGAUGUAAAAAGACAGGCCACUGAUUAUAAAGCCAUGUUCCUUGAACACUUCGCCGAUGAUCCCGCAGUUAUUGCAGUUAUUGGUGUUUGGUUUACAAAUGAAAACCGGGUUGGAUUCUCUAGUGAAAUAGACGAGACAAUUGCCAAAGUCGUAGAACCGGGUAAAGUCUGUUUAUAUAUUAAUAAUCAACAUAUCUAUUGA